AUGAUGAAACUUAUUAUUAUCGUUGCUUUCUUGUGUUUGGGAUUAGUCUCAACUCGUGGUUUUCGAGACCAUGGACGAUCAGGUGGCAAUAAAUAUCGUGAACGAGAACGUGGUUAUCAUUUUUAUGGACAGCGGACUGGUUAUUAUUAUCAUGGUGGUUUCAAUGAAGAUAAUCGCAACACAGUAUCAUUGAUACUGUGUACCAAUACUACUUUGGCUCAAUUAUACGUGACACAAGUUCAAGCAAUCAUUACUCAAUUUAUCAACAAUGGUUCUUUUACGGAUUGGUUACAACAACAUGCACAAGAAAUGGCAUAUUUCCAAAGUGAUGUUAAUACAGUUCUUCUUUCAUCGAAUUGCACAGGAUAUUUCCGUGGUGUGGACGCAGUUCGUGCACUUGACACAACUGCCCAAAAUCAACGAGAGCAAUACACAAAGAUUGCCAACGGCCUGUUUGAAGACAUUCUUCUCAAUCUUGUCGGAUACUUUCGAGAUGAUAGUCAUGAAAAAUGA